CCUGUAUAAUCAAAAUCUGCUGCACACACGUAAAAGAUUUUUGUGAAAUCCAGGAAAUGUAAUUAUUUUAUUAAUUGUUUAGCCUCUAGCACCCAUAUUUUCCUUUUUUUAGCAAGUCUUCGACUUUUUAUAGUUGAAAGUACAAUUAGAGCAGCAACAAGUUUUCUCGACAUUUUCAAGCCGAAAGUGAUCGACUGAAAAUAGAAAGAAAAGAAGAAAAAAAGUAGCGUGCAACUCGCCGUCUAGUGAACACAGCACGGCAACAAUCAACUUGUUGCGAUACAAAAGUAUCCAGUGGACCCGUAGCUAGAGAUUCAUUAAUUUCUUGAAAUGUGAGCAUCUCAAUCAUGUUUCUCAGAAAAACGUUUUUGCAUCGACUGAAUUCCUUAUUACUGAUAAUACCAGUCAUAAUUUAUGAUGGAAAGUCGACCAAGCCAAAUUCGUUGGAAAACAUGGGGUUGCUAGAAUUAGAAAUGUUCAUGCUCAUUACUCAUUCUAAUCAUGUGGUAUCAGUUGUUAGAUAAACCCAGAUCUUUAGGUAAACCCAAAGCUACACGCACACGCACACCUUUUUCCAUGUAUUUAUCAAAUUUAUCAGGUCUUUGCGCAAGUAAUGCUUAUCUAAAGUAAAUAGGCUUAGCACGGAUCAAAUAUUUCCGAUCUAUAAUUAAACGUGCAACCCACAAUUUUAAAUUGUUGGCGUUCAAUACGCACCCUUCUCAACCGCACGUAAAGUAUCAUAACGGCAUAAUAAUGUUCUGUGUGAUUGGUGUGAUUGUGUGCUGUUUAAUGCAUGGUUCGUCUGCGGAUUAUAUUGGGGCGGUGGUUGAGUACAAUCAUGUGCCCAGUGAGAACUCGAGCUUAACUGUCGAGGAAAAUCUGGAGCACUACCUGUAUCAAAUCAGUCAGGCGAGCGUAUUUGGUGCCCAAAUUAUCGUAUUUCCUGAGUAUGGGUUAACUGGAUUGGUGCAGCAGCCGGACGACUAUGCAGUCUGGAUACCUGACGUCGGCACCGAGGGCUUUCUAUCGGAAGCCUAU